GGAGCAGAAGAAGAUGAGGGAGGAGCAGAAGAAGAUGAGGGAGGAUGGGGAGGAGCAGGAGAAGAUGAGGGAGGAGCAGAAUAAGAUGAGGGAGGAUGGGGAGCAGAAGAUGAACAUGAGGGAAGAUGGGGAGGAGCAGGAGAUGAUGAGGGAGGAGCAGGAGAGCAAGACGAGGGAGGAUGGGGAGGAGCAGGAGAAGAUGAGGGAGGAGCCAAAGAAGGGGAGGGAGGAAGGGGAGGAGCAGAAGAACACGAGGCACGAAGGGCAGGAGCCAAAAAAGACGAGGGAGGAAGGGGAGGAGCAAAAUAAAACAAGGGAGGAGGGAGGGGAGGGGAACAAUGCUUUGAAGAGGAAGAGGAGCAGUGAUGAAGAGGCCUCCUCCUCCCAGCAGGGAGACGAGAGCGUCCUGAUGUUCGACGGCGCCGGGUAUCACUGUCUGAUCUGUGGCUGGAAGACCAAGCUGAAAGCUCUGGGCGUGAAUCACGUGGUGAGGAAGCACGACAUCCCCAAAGCCUACGCCUCCCAGGCCAUCCGGAGGGACGCCGCCGCCCCCAGAGCGCCGGAGGACGAGGAGGAGGGGGGGGCGGGGCUUAGCGGCGAGCAGCUGAAGGAGGAGAUGGAGGCCACGGCCAAAGUGGUUCGGUUCAUCUCCAACCGCUUUGUGUGUCUCCUCUGCGGCUGGAAGACCAAACUAAAAGGUUUCGCCAUCAGCCACGUGGUGCGCUGCCACGACGUGGAGCGGCCGUACGGCUGCCGCAGCUGCUCGCGCUGCUUCUUCCUGCCCAGCCGGCUGCAGCAGCACAUCCGGGCGGCGCACCGGCCCGGCCGCUACGCCUGCCCCUUCUGCUGCUUCAGGUCCCACUUCCUGGGGGGGUUCAGGAGGCACUGCAGCCGCUGCAACGCCCGGGGGGGGGAGGGGGACUGGGGGGGGGCUGCGGCCGCAGGGGUGGAGGAGGAGGAAGAGGAGGAGGAGGAGGAGGAAGAGAGGAAGGAGAGGAGAGGGGUGAGAAAGAGGAAGAGAACACAGAGGGUGAUGGAGGAAGAGGAGGAUGAUGACGACUGAAGGGUGUUUCUGUUUACGAGGUGAUGUGAUCAACAUGAAUGAAUGACUUAUUACUCAUGGUGUAACGUUCCGUCAUUAAAAUGUGGUUUAAAACAUCCUUUUAUUAAAAAGGCUUUUAUUGUGAAGGGAAA